AUGGCAAUGGUUGUUGGUGGUCUUCCACGCGCUGCUCCAGUACUUGCUGAGGAUCUCAGCGUGGAAAUUCUGUCAUGGCUCCCUGUCAAGGUUCUCAUUCGAUUCAAGUGCGUUUCCAAGACUUGGAAUUCCCUCAUCUUUCAUCCUAUGUUGGUUAAAUUGCACCUUGAAAGGUCCUCGAAAAACACCCACACCCUAUUAAAGUUCAUAGACAUCAAAUGCGAAAACUAUUACGCAUAUCCCUGGGGCGCAUUCUGCUCCAUACGCUCUUUACUCGAGAACCCCUCAUCCACUAUUGAUGACGGUUGCCACUACUUUAAAAAAGACUGUUACUUUUACGUUGGUUCCUGCAAUGGCUUGGUCUGCUUGCAUGAUUAUUCUUCCGAUGAACAAUGGGUCCGAUUUUGGAACCCGGCCACAAGGAUCAUGUCCGAGGAUUCGCCACACUUACGUCUCCAUUCCGGCUGUUACAACGCAGGACCCAAUUCUGUGGAGUGGUUUUUAGGGUUUGGGUACGAUGAUUGGAGUGACACGUACAAGGUGGUGGUAAUCCUUUCCAAUACUAAAACACAUGAAAUGGAGGUGAGUGUUCACUGCAUGGGUGACACUGACACUUGCUGGAGAAAUAUUUUAACUUGUCCUUGGUUUCUCAUUCUGGGACAAGUUGGACGGUUUGUGAGUGGCAGUAUUAACUGGAUCACUUGCGGGUCUACUGUCAAUGGAUUCUUAGUUUUUUCAUGCGAUCUAAAGAACGAGACAUGCAGAUAUUUGUCCGCGCCUGAUGCUCCUUUUGAAAUCCCUAUAGCUUUGCCUUCACUUGGGGUUUUGAAGGGUUGCCUUUGUGCUUCUUUUAAUCAAAAGAGCCAUUUUGUUGUUUGGAUAAUGAGGGAGUUUGGAGUUGAGACGUCUUGGACUCAGUUGCUGAAUGUUAGUUAUCAACAUCUUCAAUUGAAUCCAAUUCAUGGCUAUAUAAAUAUUACGAUUUUGUACGUGUCUGAAGAUGAAGAUGUCUUUUUUCUGGCAAGCCAUCAAGAUGCGGAGUUUAUUCUUUAUGAUCAGAGGAAUAACAGAAUAAGCCGUACUGGAGAUUUCAACAACUGCCACAAAUCUUCGGCUUCGUCUUAUGAUUAUGUUCCAAGCUUGGUUUUGCCAUAUUGAAAUUAAGUUACCUGCAUUUGCUUAUAUCAAUUUAUGUUAAAUUAUGUAAGUCUUUCAGAACCUUGCAAUUUAAUUUUUGGACAGGACAGCAGCGUUUAUAAUUUUGGCAGUUCCUUGGUUUGAUUACUCUGUUGGAUGAUUUUAUUGGCUAUUGUUAAUUGUGUUUCUGCAUUGGUUUUUGCUGCAUUUUCUUUUCUUGAUUGAUUCUUUGUUUACAU